CGUACCAUCCGGUCAUCCGAAGAUUCCAUGUAGCUUUUGGUAGGGUGGUCUCCGUUCACUUAAGAAAGUACAAAUGGAAGUUCGUAUGGUAGAGGAUCAUUAUUUUGUGCCGAUCCUUCCACCGAACUGUAUCAUUUCACUUUCGCAGACAUGAGAUACUUCGUGGUACUUUGUUGUGUGUUGGCGUCGGUCGUGGGUAAAGAAAAGAAGAUCAGUUUAGAAGACAUCGAAAGGGACAACUUGAAAAUAACCGGGAAAGUAGCGAGAGCACCCCCAAAAAUCCCCGUUGCUUCCCCAACUGAUUACGGUUUCGUACCCACUAAAACAGUGGCUGACUAUGCAAGACAACAACCGAAGUAUGUCCAGUACGUCCCUCAAACGUACUCUCAACCGGCUCAACAGUACACACCCCCUUCUCAACAGUACGCAACAGUACCUCAACAGUACUACUACCAACAACAGCAACCAGUCAACCACCAAAACCCUUACCAACAAUACGAAAACGUGCAAUACGUCACUGACAACAGCAUAGCCCAAGCCCAACAGCAGUACUAUACACCUCAAUAUGUGUACCUCCAACAGUAUUCUGCUCCUAGUACUGCCAUUCAAAGCGUGGUUGACCCCAAAGGAGGCAUCCAGUACGUCAUGUAUGUCCCAUCGUACGUACCAAAAGCCGAACAAACCCAAAAUUACGAAAAUGUGGUUUAUACCAAUGACCAACAAGCGUAUGUCGUACCGGAAACUCAGUACGUCCAAACUCAACAAGUAACGCCUGCCAUCAAGUACGCACCUCAGCCUCAGGCCGAAAAAACACAACAAGUGUUCACAAAGAGUGAACCCAAAAGUCUGUUGGAUUCGUACGUGCCGUCGAUUUUACAAGUCCAGUAUUACAAGCAACAGCAAUCACAAGCUAAUGCUAUUCAACAGUCGUUGAAAGAUGUGAGUACUGUCAUCGGCAAGAGUAGCUACAGACCGACGCAAAUCAGUCACAAUAGUGCGGAGAGUGUCAUUAAUUAUAAUUACCAACUCCCGAGUAUCCAACAACAGCACAAAUAAAUUUCAUUGUUAACAUUUUAUUAAAUCGUGAUUUUAGUUGUAGAUUUAUACUCUUCCUUAUUUAUGUUACUUCUUGCGUUUUCUUGCCUUACUUUUUUUCGUAGCAACUGUUUUAGAACUUUAUUGGCCAGUUUCUUUUCUCUUCUAUUUAUUUUCCAAUCUUUCUCAUUAAAGUGUUAUUCGUUUUUAUGUACAAUAUAUCAAUAAUUAUGUACGAUUGUAAAACAAAUAAAAAUAUUUUUAAAAAUC